CCCGCCCCCCCUUUUAACGGGCUAUCGUCAUCAUCCACUCUAUGGUUACUCCUUACAGCAGCUCCAAUAACUAAUCUCCAAAGACAUCCCGGAAUCAUUCCAUUCGUGCAGCAGGCAAAAAAAAUGUAGAAGAAGCUGAAAACACCGCCGAAGCCCACGUCAACAACAGGCACACAAGGCCCCUCGUGUUCUUUGUCCCGGAUCCUAGCCUAGGCCAAUGACGCUGAUGCAGCAUUAUCGCUCAAUCGAUAAUGCAACCGCGACUUAUCUCGUUAUCGAUCUGCCUCCUAGCGAUCGUGCCCUGCGGAUGACGCGCGCUUGUCUCGCUUCCGUCAUCAACCAAACACGAAAUGGUCGGGAAAAGGGGAGGUCAACAGUCAACAAUUGCGAAAACAGACACAGUGAUUGGGCCGAGUGGCUAGGACCGCUAACAAGCAAUCAUUGAUUAGUGCCCUGCAAGCUGCAAGUCACAAGUUCAUGCAAACAAUACCGAGCAUUUUCUGAUUGCUCCAUGCUGUCCUGCGAACACUAGGUUGCGGACGGAGAGGACCUCGCCUUGGACAUUCACACGUACACAGGUGUACGACAUGCAUUUCCACUUCACUGUC